GCCGCCGAGCUCCUUCCCUCAGGUAUCCCGACCAAGAUGGCGGCGGUGCUGCAGCAGGUCCUGGAGCGGGCCGAAGUGGCCAAGCUGCCCAAGUCCGCGCAGGGGAAGCUCGAGCGGUUCCUGGCCGACCAGCAGAGCGAGAUCGAGGCGCUCCGCACCCGGCACGAGCGCUACAAGGUGGACAGCGAGCAACAAUAUUUUGAAGUAGAAAAACGACUUGCUCAGAGUCAGGAAAGACUCGUAAAUGAGACACAGGAAUGUCAGAAUCUCCGACAGGAGCUCAGCAAACUCAAUGAGGAGUUGAAAUUGUUAAAUGAGAGAAACAAAGAACUGGAAGCUGCUCAGGAUCGCAAUGCAGCCAUACAGACUCAGCUCACUAGAGCAAAAGAAGAGUUGGAAGCAGAGAAGAGAGAUUUGGUUCGAACAAGUGACAGAAGAGCUCAGGAGCAGGAACACCUAAAUGAGGAUGUUAAGCGACUGAAUGAGAAACUAACUGCAGCGAAUACUGCAAAAAUAGAGCUACAAUUACAGCUGGAUGAGCUUCAGACAUCAGCCUUUUCUGUAAAGUAUCGUGAGCAAAGAUGGGAGCAGGAAAAGGAACUGCUACAGAAUCAGAACACUUGGCUGAAUACAGAACUGAAGGCGAAAACAGAUGAACUCCUGCUAAUCACUCGGGAAAAAGGAAGCGAAAUCUUAGAGCUGAAGUGUAACUUGGAGAACAAGAAAGAGGAGGUUUCCAGAUUGGAAGAGCAAGUCAGUGGACUAAAACAAUCUAAUGGAAAUCUACAGAAACAUGUGGAAGAUCUUCUGCUGAAACUGAAGGAGGCAAAAGAACAGCAAGCUAGCAUGGAAGAAAGAUUCCACAAUGAACUAAACGCCCAUAUCAAGUUAUCUAAUUUAUACAAGAGUGCUGCUGACGACUUGGAAGCAAAAAGCAACGAGUUGACCCAAGCUGUAGAGGAGCUGCACAAACUUCUGAAGGAGGCAGGUGAAGCUAACAAAGAAACACGGGAUCGUUUGGCUGAGAUGGAACAAUCAAAGGCUGCAGUGGAAAAGGAACUGAAGGAAAAGAUUGGCAAGCUGGAGAAAGAGUUGGACAAUGCAAAUGAUUUGGUUUCAGCCACCAAGCGCAAAGGAGCCAUUCUUUCAGAAGAGGAGCUGGCAGCUAUGUCUCCUACGGCUGCUGCAGUAGCAAAAGUGGUGAAGCCUGGCAUGAAAUUAACCGAGCUUUACAAUGCGUACGUAGAAGCACAGGAUCAGCUGCUGUUAGAAAAAAUGGAGAAUAAGAGGAUUAAUAAGUACUUGGAUGAAAUAGUGCAGGAAGUAGAAGCCAAAGCACCUAUUUUGAAGCGUCAACGUGAAGAAUAUGAACGCUCGCAGAAAGCUGUAGCGAGCCUGUCUGCUAAACUUGAGCAAGCAAUGAAGGAAAUUCAACGUUUGCAAGACGAUACUGAUAAAGCAAACAAGCAAGCUUCUUUGCUUGAAAGAGAGAACCAGAGGCUUGAAAGCCAAGUCAAAGAUCUUUCACAACAGAUAAGAGUGCUUUUGAUGGAACUUGAAGAAGCCCGAGGCAACCAUGUUAUCCGCGAAGAAGAAGUGAGCUCUGCUGACAUCAGCAGCUCUUCCGAAGUCAUAAGCCAGCAUCUGGUCUCCUACAGGAACAUUGAGGAACUUCAGCAGCAAAACCAGCGCCUCUUAGUGGCUCUCAGAGACCUGGGUGCAGCUAAAGAGAAAGAGGAGGAAGAAACCACUUCAUCUAAAAUUUCUGAGCUGCAGAGUCAACUUGGUGAAGCUAUCACUGAGCUAGAAAAGUUGCGUGAGUCACGGCGCCACCAGAUGCAGCUUGUAGACUCCAUAGUUCGCCAGCGUGACAUGUAUCGCAUCUUGCUGGCACAGACUUCUGGAGUUUCCAUUCCUUUGCAAGCUUCAAGCAUCUUGCCAGAAGAAAUGUCUCUGGCAGUGACCCCUAAGCGCCUGUCAGGGACACCUCAGGCCAUGUCAACUCCUGUUGCUGUGCCAGUGACAGAAUCAUCUGAAGCCGUGGAGGCUAAGGCUGCCCUUAAGCAGCUGCAGGAGUUCUUUGAGAGCUACAAGAAAGAAAAGGCAGAGAAUGACAAACUUCUGAAUGAGCAAAAUGAGAAGCUUCAAGAGCAGGUUACAGACUUGAGGUCACAGAAUACAAAGAUUUCCACCCAACUUGAAUUUGCUUCCAAGCGUUAUGAGAUGCUGCAGGAUAAUGUGGAGGGAUAUCGGCGAGAGAUAACAUCGUUGCAUGAAAGAAUCCAGAAGCUUUCAGCAACCACUCAGAAACAAGAACAGAUUAUCAACACUAUGACUCAAGAGCUGAGAGGAGCUAAUGAAAAACUAGCCGUGGCAGAGGUGAGAGCAGAGAAUUUGAAAAAAGAGAAGGAUAUUUUGAAAAUGGCAGAGGUUCGCCUGACUCAGCAAAAAGAUUCUUUAGUAACAGCACAAAGAGGACAAAAUAUGCUGCUUACUAACCUGCAGUCUAUUCAGGUGAUACUGGAAAGGGCUGAGACGGAAACUCAGCAGAGGCUCAAUAACCAAAUAGAGAAAUUGGAGCGUGAAAUAGCCCAGCUGAAGAAAAAACUAGAAAAUGAGGCGGAACAAAGGCAUUCAGUUAACAAAACUCAAGAUAUUCACUUAUUGGAUGCUAAAAGACAGCUUGAGACAGAAAUAAAUCUUCACGCUAGUACAAAAGAACUGCUGAAGAAUGCCCAAAAGGACAUUGCAACGUUAAAACAACAGCUUCACAAUAUGGAGGCCCAGUUAGCAUCCCAGUCAUCACAAAGAGCUCCUGGUCAAGGCCAGCCAAGUGCAAGCGAGGAUGUGGAGGAUCUCGUAAGUCGAUUGAGACAGUCUGAGGAGCAAGUGAAUGAUUUGAAGGAAAGGCUGAAGAUUGCCACAAGUAAUGUGGAGCAAUACCAAGCUAUGGUUGUAAGCCUCGAGGAAUCCCUGAACAAAGAGAAGCAGGUAACUGAAGAAGUCCGCGCUGCCGUUGAAGCCCGCCUGAAGGAGGCCUCUGAGUAUCAGUCCCAACUAGAAAAGAAAUUGAUGGAGGCAGAGAAGGAAAAGCAGGAGCUUCAGGAUGAGAAACGUAAAGCUAUAGAGAACAUGGAACAGCAGCUUUCCGAGCUGAAGAAAAAUCUCUCCAGUAUGAAGUCUGAAGUCCAGGAAGCUCUUCAGAGAGCAAAUACAGCCCUUACCAAUGAGCAGCAUGCUAAACGGGACUGCCAAGAACAAGCCAAGAUAGCAGCAGAAGCACAAAAUAAAUAUGAGCGGGAGCUGAUGCUUCAUGCAUCUGAUGUUGAAGCUUUGCAGGCUGCCAAAGAACAAGUUGCUAAGAAUUCCACAAUAAAGCAGCAAUUUGAGGAAGCUGCCCAGAAAGCAGAAGCUGCAUUGCGAGAGAGCAGAGCUUCGUGGGAAGAGAGAGAGAGAAUGUUAAAGGAUGAAGCUUCUAAGCUUGCUUCUCGCUGUGAAGACUUGGAAAAACAAAACAGACUGUUGCAUGAACAGCUGGAAACGCUCAGCGACAAGAUGAUGUCUUCAGUGAAGGAAGGCACGCCAGGAGCAUUAAAUGUGUCUCUCACUGAAGAAGGAAAAUCACAAGAACAGAUAGUGGAAAUUCUCAGGUUCAUACGCAGAGAAAAGGAGAUUGCAGAAACGAGGUUUGAGGUGGCUCAGGUGGAGAGCUUACGGUACCGCCAGAGGGUGGAACAUUUGGAAAGGGAGCUCCAACAGUUGCAGGAAAGUCUGAAUGCAGAGAGAGAGAAAGUGCAGGUGACAGCGAAAACAAUUGCUCAGCAUGAAGAACUAAUGAAGAAGACGGAGACCAUGAAUGUUUUGAUAGAAACCAACAAGAUGCUGAGGGAGGAGAAAGAGAGACUUGAACAGGAACUGCAGCAAAUGCAAGCAAAAGUGCGUAAACUGGAAGCUGAUAUCUUGCCUUUGCAAGAGUCCAAUGCUGAAUUGAGCGAGAAGAGUGGGAUGCUUCAAGCAGAGAAGAAGCUUUUGGAAGAGGAUGUCAAACGCUGGAAAGCCCGGACCCAGCAUUUAUUGAGCCAACAAAAAGAUACAGAUGUUGAAGAGUAUCGGAAGCUUCUUUCGGAGAAGGAGGUGAACACCAAACGCAUACAGCAGAUGAAUGAAGACAUAGGCAGGCUUAAAGCAGAAAUUGCAAGGUCAAAUGCUUCACUGACAACAAGUCAGAAUCUGGUCCAGACCCUCCGAGAAGAUCUGGCAAAAACGAAAACUGAAAAGGACGCCCUUCAGAAAGAUUUAGACGUUAAACUGGCUGACAUCCAAGAGAAAGUUAAAACGAUAACACAGGUCAAGAAAAUUGGACGUAGAUACAAGACUCAGUAUGAAGAACUGAAAGCACAGCAUGACAAGGUGAUUGCAGAAGCAUCAGCUCCGUCUUCUGCAGAACAGCAGGAGCAACAUGUUUCAGACAAAGAAAUUCAAGAAGUGAAAGAAGCUCUGAGCCAAGCUGAGACCAAGAUAAAAGCCUUGGAAGGACAGAUUGAAAAUUUACAGAAGACGCUCGGCGAGAAGGACACCGAAGUAAAAAAUCUCCAGGAACAGGUAGCCCAGCUUCAGUCAGAGGCUUCCCGUCUUCAGCAAGAUCUACAGGAAAAAACAUCACAAGAGGAGCAGCUCAGGCAGCAGGUUGCUGAGAAGGAGGAGAAGAUGAAGAAGACGCUUCUGGCUGCCAAGCAGAGGAUUGCACUGUUAACAGGUGCGAAGGAACAGAUGACCAAAGAAAGCGAGGAGUGGAAACAAAAGAGCGGUGCCCUGGAAGAGCAGAAGACUGAGUUGGAAGUGCGGAUGAGCGCACUUAAAUCGCAGUAUGAAGGCCGCAUUUGCCGCCUAGAGAGAGAGCUCCGAGAGCAGCAAGAGAGGCACCAUGAGCAGCGAGAUGAGCCAGCAGAAUCUACCAAUAAGGCUCCAGAACAGCAGAGACAGAUCACCCUUAAGUCAACUCCUGCUGCAGGUGACAGAGGAAUUGCUAGUACUUCAGAUCCACCGACAGCCAACAUCAAACCAACUCCUGUUGUAUCUACUCCAAGCAAAGUGACAGCAGCUGCAAUAGCCGGGAACAAAUCGACCCCAAGGGCCAGCAUCCGCCCAAUGCUGACUCCGACAACUGUCACAAAUCCUACAUCUACCCCAACAGCCACAGUUAUGCCGACAACACAGGUGGAAACUCAGGAAGCUAUGCAGUCGGAAGGACCAGUCGAACAUGUUCCAGUCUAUGGAAGCACAAGUGGAUCUGUGCGCUCCACAAGCCCCAACGUCCAGACUUCUCUCUCCCAGCCCAUCUUGACAGUUCAGCAGCAGACUCAAGCGACAGCUUUUGUUCAGCCCACUCAGCAGAGCCAUCCCCAGAUAGAACCAGCCACUCAAGAUCCAUCCCCCCCAAUUUUGGAGGUGGUGCAGAGCUCACAGAUAGAAAGACCGUCGACUUCAACGGCAGUCUUUGGCACAGUUUCAGCUACGCCAAGUUCUUCUUUACCCAAACGCUCCCGGGAGGAAGAAGAUGAUAGCACAGUUGAAAACUCAGACCAAAUUCCUGAGGAGAUGGUUGAUAUGCCUCUUGCAAAGAAAAUGAGAAGUGUUCAGAGAGUUGGGCCAGAGGAGGAAGUGACUGCAGAAGAAAGCACAGAUGGAGAAAUAGAAGCUCAAGCCUACAAUCAGGAUUCUCAGGAUUCCAUUGGAGAAGGUGUAACACAAGGGGACUAUACUCCCAUGGAAGACAGUGAGGAGACGUCUCAGUCCCUACCAAUAGAUCUUCAGUCAGAUCAGCAGAAUACAGCAUCGUCCCAGGAUGGCCAGGGCAAGAGAGAUGAUGUCAUUGUUAUCGACAGUGACGAUGAAGAGGAUGAGGAUGAAGAAAAUGAUGGCGAAGCAGAAGAGUAUGAAGACGAGGAAGAGGAUGACGAGGAUGACGAAGAUGAAGACACAGGAAUGGGAGAUGAAGGGGAUGAUAGCAACGAAGGCACUGGGAGCGUCGAUGGCAAUGAUGGAUAUGAAGCGGACGAUGCCGAGGGGACUGAUGGAAUGGACCCCAGUACAGAAACGGAAGAGAGCAUCGCUGGAGGGGAAAGCAGCCAGAGAGCAGCUGACUCUCAAAAUUGUGGUGACGGGAGCGCAGGCACAGCAGAGUCUACAUUUUCUCAGGAAAGCCCGAGGGAACAGCAGCCAACAUCUGCUUCGGAGAGACAGACACCACGCCAACCUCGGCCUCAUCCCUUGCCCCCACGACUGACUAUUCACGCUAUUCCUGCUCCACCGCAGGAGCUGGGGCCACCAGUACAGAGAAUCCAAAUGCCGCGGAGGCAGUCUGUAGGACGUGGACUUCAGCUAACCCCUGGCAUAGGUGGCAUGCAGCAACACUUUUUUGAUGAUGAGGACAGGACUGUUCCAAGCACCCCAACGUUGGUGGUACCGCAUCGUACAGAUGGAUUUGCAGAAGCGAUUCACUCCCCUCAGGUGGCUGGAGUUCCUAGAUUCAGGUUUGGACCUAUUGAAGAUAUGCCACAAACCUCCGGCCAGUCAGAUCUCGGUCAGCUUGCUUCGCAAGGAGGUUUAGGGAUGUAUGAAACACCUCUUUUCCUUGCCCACGAAGAGGAAUCAGGAGGUCGCAGUGUCCCAACAACUCCACUUCAGGUUGCAGCACCUGUUUCUGUGUUUACCGAAAGCUCCGCUGCUGAUGCUUCUGAACAUGCCUCCCAGUCUGUCCCAAUGGUUACAACAUCCACUGGUAACUUAUCAACCACUUCAGAAUCUGGUACAGGCGAUGAUGGCGAUGAAGUUUUUGUAGAGGCAGAGUCAGAAGGAAUUACUUCAGAGGUUGGUCUAGAAGUAGACAGCCAGCAGGAAGAAGAAUCAUCUCAAGCUCCUGAUGAGUCAGAUCUCCCAUCCACAAGUCAAGAUCCUCCUUCUAGUUCAUCUGCAGACACAAGCAGUAAUCAUCCGAAGCCUUUCCGGCGAGUUAGACUUCAGCCAACAACAUUAAGAACUGGCCGUCAGUUUAACAGGCAGAGGGGUGUAACUCCUGGUGGCAGAGGAGGCCUGAACAGAGGCAAUAUUAAUUAAAGCUCAGUAGAAAUUAAUACAGUGUAUACUGUCUGUCUAGUCUUGCUCUUACUUGCAUUUGUGUAAUGGCUGGGAAGCUUGAAGCAGGGUUUUUUGUUUUCAAUUUGGAUCGAUGUAUGAAUAUUUCAUUAUGUCUUUUAUUAAUAAAAACUAGAGGAAAUUGUCAA